CAGCAACCAUAUAGGGUGUAUCGCCAUUUUAGGCAGGUCGACGCAUCUUGCAUUUGCCUUUGAUAUUCAAACAAAUUGAAAUGACCAAUUGCCUCGCUGUCCGGCUGUCUCUUGCUCUCUUUCUGGCGCUACUGUUCUGGCCGGCGGCCGUGGUCAGCGGAUAUGACAAAGAGAUGACAGUUUAUGUGGAUGCCGGAAAGAAGGAGUGCCUCUACCACACCGUCAAGGCUGGUGAAAUAAUUGACUUUGAGUAUCAGGUGAUUGAUGGCGGCCAUGGUGAUCUGGACAUAAGCUUUGCCCUGCUAGACCCCAUCGGCCUGGUCAUUGUGAGCGACUACAAAAAGCCAGAGAAUAUGCAUCAGCACGAGGUGCAGAAGGAGGGCGACUAUCGUUUCUGUUUCGACAACAGCUUCAGCAUGUUCAAUCGCAAAACCGUCUUCUUCGAGCUGAUCGUGGAGCGCGAAGGCGAUCAACAUCAUGGCGAUGAUCAGUGGAAGGAGAUUAACGAAUUGACGGGCCUAACGCCCGACGAGUAUUACGACAUGAAGGUGCAGGAUAUUAUGGACUUCAUUGGACGCAUCCGCAUGCAGCUGACCAAGGCUCGCCAGUUGCAGGACGCGCUACGCUCCCAUGAGGCGCGCGACCGCAAUUUGGCUGAGGCCAACUUCCAAAUGGUCAACAACUGGUCGCUCGUACAGAUCAGCGCAAUGAUUGGUGUCGGCCUCAUCCAGGUCUUUAUGCUGCGCAGCAUCUUCGAGACGCACGGCCGCAUGCAUCAUUUGUGGCGUAAGCUGGGCAUUUGAUGAGGCAGCGGCGACUUCAAGCGUUUACCAAAGAUGUAGUUGGCAUUUCAGCCAGUUGCAAAUUAUUACGUACAUAUUAGUCACAAAAUACUUAUCAGUUUCAACAAGCGUUAGUUAGUAGCCCUAGUUAGGUGUGUGUGUGUGUGUCUGUCUGUGCGUGUGUGCGUGAGUCUAUAUAUGCAUUUAUUAUACAAAAUAUAUUGUAUUCAGGUUACUUCAAUGAUCCUCAUUGAAUAAAACAUUGAAUUGUGUAAAAAAAUCCCACCUUUGCAAUAA